CGUUGUUGGUGCAUGUUUUAAACUGAUCAUGAGAGGUGGACUGUUGCUGCUGUCUUGCAAACAUAAUAGAACUGCUUUGUCUUUUAAACCUGGGAAAUCUUAGCUGUUACUUCCAACAGUUGCAUAAAGAUCUGAUAUUCACCUGAGAAGAUGUUUGGAAUCGUGACAGUGCUGUUGCUGGAAGUGCAGCUCAGUGCAGUCUCAGCUUUAUUUACAGUUGAAGUUCCUCAACAGCUAUACAUUGUGGAGUAUGGGAGCAAUGUGACCAUGGAGUGCAGAUUCCCAGUAAAUGGCUCAUUAAAUCUUGAACUCUUAAGUGUUGUCUGGGAGCAGAAAAGGCAAGGUCAGCCAAAAUCAAAAGAGGUGUACACGCUUCGCAAUGGGAAGGCGUUCCCUUCAUCCCAGCAUCACGAUUAUACAGGAAGAGCAGCACUGUUACCUGGUGAAUUGAAACUGGGGCGAGCUAUGCUUCAGAUCACCAGCGUAAAGAUCGCAGAUGCAGGAUCGUACCUCUGUCUCAUCGAAUACCAGGGAGCUGACUAUAAGUAUGUUACUCUGGAAGUGAAAGCAUCCUACAAGACAAUAAACACACGAAUAAUGAGAAAAUCAGAUGAAGAUCACUUUGUUUUUAUAUGCCAGUCAGAAGGCUUUCCCCUGGCAGAGGUAUUCUGGCAAAAUGAGAAGAAAUUUAAUCUCAGUGGAUCUGCAAAUACCACCCAUACCUUGACUGCAGAUGGCCUGUACAACGUAACCAGUGUCCUGACAUUCAAACCAAACAUGAGUGAGAUCUACAGCUGCGUGUUCUGGAAUAAAGAACUGAAUGAAAAAACAUCAGCUUGCAUUUCUACUUUAGCUUUAAUGAGUACACAGUAUAGCGGACAAAAGUCACUGAUCUUACUUAUCAUCCCUACAUGUGUGAUCGUAGCUGUUCUCCUCUCUGCAUUAAUAAUCUUUCAAAAGAGAAAAUCAUUCAGGAACUGCAAUGCCAAAAAAGGUAGGAAGAGAAAACUUCACUGUAACCAGAAAGAUGAGAAUGGAGAUAAUUGUAACUCUCAAACUCGGGCUUUAUGCUUGUCAACUAUCAGAGUACCAGGAGAUGGCAGGAAUGUAAGCCUAUGAAAACUCUUCUUGUGACAUGCUUUGCACUUUUUGUCUCUAUUUUUGAGGACUUCAGAGAAAAGUUGCAGCACUUUAGCUUUGGAACAACGAACUCAUGGGGAUUUGUUGUCACUGUAGCAAUGAAAAGCUGUCCCUUUUAAGACACUUAUCUGGAAGUUACAGGGAAUUAUGUUGUCAUUAAACAUGGUUUACCAUGGUGAAGGGGUUAUUUGAGUGCCUUUCAUACACUUUACUUUUGGAGAUAUUGUUGCUCAAGGCACUUCUGUUCAGAAAUGCCUUUAUUAGCUGAUCUAGUCUCAGGAAUGUUGCUUGGACUCAAACAUCUUGUGGGACUUCAAAAAAAGCUAUACAUGCUAUGUUAUGUUUGAACAGUUGUCUUUCAUGCAGAGACAUCAUUACAUGCUUGUAUAUUACAUCCAGAAUUUCUGCACUUUAAACUGGAAAUUUACACAAGUAUUCACCAGCAAGAUAAUAUAUAGAAGAUGUUUUAUAUCACAAUGAGAUGUUGGAAGUUAAAUCAAAGGACAGUCAAAAAGGACCCAGCUCCAACAGUGAAUCAACAUUAUGUCACAGAAGAAGAGUUUUAAUGCAUAGGUUAUGUAAAACCUUGUAUAGCUAUUUCUAAUUUGUGGAAGGCUGGUAACAUUGGCACAGCUUUAGGGAGGUAAGUAGCCAUGUAAAAAAAAUAUGAAAUAUGUUGCUCUAGCUACAUGACAAUAAAAGGUUUCACAUCUUAA